AUGAUACAGGCACUAAGACAGGCAGCUCGUCCGAGCACGGUGCUGCUCUGCCGUCCGACCGGUCUUGGUCGGCCACGACUGCUGCUGCCAUGGCGCACAGCUUCUCGCCCUCGGCACCCUGGCUGCCGGGGCUUCUCGUCUUCGGGCGCGCAACACGAAGCGGCCGCGGAGCGCAGAUGGUCCACGCCGCUGGCCAAGCAGCUAGCCGAGGCGAUCUCUGCCACCGGUCCCGUUCCUGUGGCGAGCUACAUGCGCAUGUGUCUGACCUCGGAUCUGGGCGGCUAUUACACCGGCGCCCUGGACAAGACCGGCCGUGACCCGUUUGGGCGCGCGGGCGACUUUGUCACGUCGCCCGAGGUGUCGCAGGUCUUUGGCGAGCUGGUCGGCAUCUGGUUCGUCGCCGAGUGGAUGGCCCAGGGCCGGCCGUCGCGGGGCGUCGAGCUGAUCGAGGUCGGACCUGGCCGUGGGACCCUCAUGGACGACAUUCUCCGGACUGUCCGCCAUUUUGGUCUGGCCCAGAGCAUCGAGUCCGUCUACAUGGUCGAGGCCAGCCCACAGCUGCGGCUGGCCCAGAAGACCCUGUUGUGCGGCCACGAUGUCGCGCUGACCGAGUCCAGCCUGGGCUACCACGGCGUCAGCAAGCAUGGUUCGCUGCCGAUUGUCUGGACCGAGACGAUCCAGUCGAUUCCGCAGAGCCUGGAAAACAUGUCCUUUAUCGUCGCCCACGAGUUCUUUGAUGCUCUGCCCAUUCACGUCUUCCAGUCUGUGGCCGUCCCGGCUGGCCAGGGCUCAUCGACAGAGGGCAGCUCGAGAGAGAUCGAUACGACCACUUCGACCAUUCCAUCUUCCUCUACCAUCACCACCUCCACCACCACAUCCACCACCUCCACCACAUCCUCCACCACCACUUCUCCUAUCCCCUCCUCCACCUGUACCUCCUCCAACUCCUCUUCCUCCCAUCAGUGGCGCGAAAUGGUCGUCUCGUCCACGCCACCCGGCUCAACCCACGACAGCCUGCGCACCCCCCCCUCGCAGCAGCGUGAUGGCCCGCCGCCCGACUUCCAGCUGACCCUAUCGACCGGAGCCACGCGCCACUCGCGCUACCUGCCUCAGCUGUCGCCGCGCUACCAGGCUCUGGCCGCCAUCCCGGGCGUCGUCGUCGAGGUCUGUCCAGACGCCGCUCUCUACGCUACUGACUUUGCCGUGCGCAUCGGCGGCUCUGCUGCUCGGCCACGACCGCAUCCUGCUGGCGCUGCCCUCAUCCUCGACUACGGCCCCGGCGAUGGCACCGUGCCCAUCAACUCGCUGCGCGGCAUCCGUCGUCACCGUCGUGUCAGCCCCUUUGCCGAACCCGGCCUCACCGACCUCAGCGCCGACGUCGACUUUGGCGCCAUCGUUGAGGCAGCCGUCCGCGCCAGCGAUCGCGUCGAACUCCACGGCCCCGUCGAUCAGGCUGACUUCCUCCUCCAGAUGGGCAUCCGCGAACGCGCCCAGGCCCUCGCUGCCAAGGCCGCUGCCAGCCCUGCCGCUUCUUCCUCAUCUACCCCCUCCGAUAUCGACCGCUCCUGGAAACGCCUCGUCGAUCGUGGCCCCGGCGGCAUGGGCAAGGUCUACAAGGUCCUCGCUAUCCUCCCCGAGAACGAUGGUCGUCGUCGUCCCGUCGGCUUCGGUGGCGAUGUCGCCCAGUAA